AUGAAUGAAUCGAAAUCAGUGAUAACAAACGAUGAAUUACAACUUGAUUUCGUUGGAGUCGAUCCAAUUGUUUUUCCAGUCUAUAGUAGUGAUGAAUAUUGGGGAAGAGAGGUUCCAUACGCAGUUUUUAUUCUUAUAUUUUGUGUAUUUUUCAUAAUUCUUCAAAUUCUCGUAAUGAGAGUGAUGAUAACAGAUAAAGACUUGAAAAAGUUACCUGCAUUUCAAAUAAUGUUUAUGAUCUCAUUUUUCGAUACGAUCCAAUUAUUUGUUCAUUUAACCGCUGUAUUUUAUAUUUUGAAUUCUAAACCUCAUUUUGGUACUGUAGACUAUUUAAUUGGAGCGGUAAUGAAUGCAUCUUGGGUCUCAAUGCUCAUUCUCAGUAUAUUUCUGAAUAUAAAUCGUUUGAUUUCCAUAGUUUUUCAUUUUAAAUCUAGUCGAAUAUUCAGUCCGGUUACUAUGAAAAUCUAUUUUUCUCUGAUUCUCGUUGUCUGGUGCAUCGUCUUCUUUCUGAAUGCAUCUGGAUACAGUCAUAUGGUCUAUCUGUUACCUGCUUACACGUGGCAUUAUGCCGCAGCAAAUCCAUUGUCUGCAACACUGAGAUCAGUUAGUGCAGAUAUCUCAUUAGUUGAUGUUUUAUUCUCCCUUUUUGCUCAUUUGUCUAUAUUCACUUAUAUUUAUUUUAAAGCAGCGAUGUUAUCCAAGAAAGAAUUAAUUCUGACCAUUCAAGUUGUAUGUGUUUCAAUGUUUCAUAUUAUUGGAUAUUUGACGUGGGAAUAUUUUCCAAUUCCCUGGGAAUUACCGAUUGGAGUUUUCAUUGGACACGUUGUUUGGAUGGUUUGGAAUGCAAUUAAUCCAAUGUUAUAUGUCUUGAUCAAUCCACGUAUUCGAAACUUGGUAUUAGCUUCAAUUGGAAAGCAAACAGAAGUCAGUGGACGUACUCUAUUCAUCGCUUCUCAUGUCUCCACUGUCCGUCAAUCCGGGUCAAAACUUUGA